CUUAUGUCAUUCAAAAUUUGAUAUUCGUGAAAACAAAUAAUUGAAAAUUUAGCGAUAUACAAAUAAAACAAUUCGCAAAAACAAUGCUUCACACGCGUCGUAUAAAAUUCUUUUAAUUCCCGGCAAAUGUAUUGGAGCAAAAAACUCCGUCGCUGUUUCGUGUGUCACCGUUUCGAAUUCUUUCGCGAACGUCGACCAGCCACUUGGCUGCGAGAAACGAUUCAUGUUCAGGGAUUGGCUAAAAAGCUGAGAGAAAUGUAGAAGAAGAUUCCGGAGCUUCCGUGGCCCUACUCCUACAACUCUCCUUCAACGUUCUCGAUGUUCUCCAUGACAUUCUCGUUGCCCUAUGACGGCGCCGUCACAUGUGCUCGUUUGACAUUUCCGAGUAGUCACUAACGCAAUUCGCACCCAUCCGCACGCGAAGUGAUUCUACGGUUAAUCUGUGCUCGCCUUUUAACGAAAUAUAGUGACAAUUGAUAGAUACUACAAUUUAUCUAUCGAUAGUGAUUUAUUUAACCACCCAAAAUAACAUUUUUUUUAAAUUUUACACAAUCUGAUAAAAAAAGUAAAUACAUACGAAACUCGUAGCGAAAAAAUACGAGCAAAGAAAUAUAAUUUCAACAAUUAUAAUCGUAUAAUAUUUAGUCCAUCUCUUUUAUAACGUCAGAUAAAAAGAUUUUCUUUUAAAACAGACAUAAGUGUAAUUGGAAACUUGUAAAUUCUUCCACUGUCUUUUCUCGAGUCUUACAGACUUCUAUGAAACGAAUAAAGAGAUGAAACAAAUGUUAAAUGAAUAAUCGUUGAAAAGAAUUACUGCGCAUGUAUUGUUGAUUGCUUCAUCUUGCUAAUCUUUUUUGUGUCAAUCUUUUGCAAAGAGAAUAUAAAGAAUUCGAAAAUUGUCACGUCAAAAUUAUUAGAAUCUUUAUUCAUUGAUAUGUCGUGGUCGAAAGACACGAUUGCAAAUAGUCAUCGGAUAUCCGACGAUUUCGAAUUACCGCCGACACCGCCAACACCGUCACCUCUUCAUAUGGAAGGGCAAAACGUGAGAUCAGCAACAGGUUGCGAGACACCGUGGUACCACAGGUGGUCAUGGAACAACCCGAGCAAUCCUUGCAGCGGAUUCGACAUGGCAAUCGAUGAAGCUCAUUUAAUCCCGCCGCCUUACAUCAUGAAUUUCCUUCAAGGCACUGACAGCAAUCAGAAUUAUCGCGGCUGCAGAUGGGAACAAUAUUCUCAGCAUGAUGUUGCAAAUUGUCAUCCGAUAAUCGAGCAAUUAAAGGGAAAGGAGGAUGAUAGGUCUUUGAGCAAACCUGAAGAUUUAUUAUAUGAACAUAAUCAAGAUCGGCGUGUGUCAACUACGACAAAUACGGGGACGACACACUUGGAAUUUCGCACUUGGGAGAUGCCUCAUUUGCAGAAUAUGGAUCGCGAGAACGAGAGCAAGUAUCAAUCCUGGAAUGAUUCAAAACAUAAUGAGAAUCAUACGAAUUCAUUUUUUGGAGAAAACACACAUUCGCACCAACGAGAACGAGAAACAACGAAGAAGACGAGCGAUAAGCCACGAAAGGAAAGAACCGCGUUUACAAAGCAACAGGUCCGACACCUUGAAUGCGAAUUCGCUCAUAGCAAUUACUUGACACGUUUGCGUCGCUACGAAAUUGCUGUAGCAUUGGAUUUGACAGAACGCCAGGUGAAAGUGUGGUUUCAAAAUAGACGUAUGAAGUGGAAGCGAACAAAAGGCAGCACGACGAAUGUACAGGAAGCGACUACUGUAUCGUGACACAUAUUUCUUGACGCGUUAAUCAGUAUAUUUAGAUUUAAUUGUACAU